AUGUUGGAGGACCGUCCCUGCCUCGUCUCGAGAGACUACCCGAGACCGCACGAGCGAGAAGCCAAUUGGCACAUGAGUUACCUUCAUGAGAAGCCCGACAUCCAGCCAAACAAGCGCCUGCUCGACACCACCAACAAAGACGACCAAAUCCUCCCCAUUCUAAAACUCCCCAAGCAAUCUGCCGGUGGCACCAUUCACACCACCAACACGGCCGGCAGUGACAGUAAUCACGACUCGAGCUCGUUGAUACCAGCCAUCGGCCGUGACAACUCCAUCAGCUGCCUCCUCCGUUGCUCCCGGGCUGACUACGGGCCUCUGGCAUCCCUCAACUGCUCCUUCCGCUCCCUUAUCAAGUCCGGCGAGCUCUACCGUCUGCGCCGCCUGCACGGGGUGGUGGAGCACUGGGUUUACUUCUCUUGCCAGCUGCUCGAGUGGGAGGCCUUCGACCCGGCCCGCCGCCGUUGGAUGCAAGUCCCUCGCAUGAACUCCAACGACUGCUUCGUCUUUGCCGACAAGGAGUCCCUCGCUGUUGGCACCGAACUCCUCGUCUUCGGCCGAGACCUCACCACCCACAUCAUCCACCGCUACAGCCUCCUCACCAACUCGUGGGCCCCCGCGCCGGGACCCUCUAUGCACCAGCCUCGCUGCCUCUUCGGCUCGGCCAGCUCCGGCGAGAUUGCCAUCCUCGCCGGAGGCUGUGACUCCGGCGGCAACAUCCUCAGCUCAGCGGAGCUGUACAACUCUGAGACGGGCACGUGGACGAGGCUUCCAAGCAUGAGGAAGGCCCGGAAAAUGUGCUCGGGGGUUUUCAUGGAUGGGAAGUUCUAUGUGAUCGGAGGGAUCGGGGGGUCCGACUCGGGGCUACUGACAUGCGGGGAGGAGUUCGACCCGGCGAACGGGACUUGGACGGAGAUACCGAACAUGUCUCCGGUGAAACCGGCGACAGGGGAGGGCGGUGGGGGGCCCACGCAGCUGCCUCCGACGGCAGAGGCACCACCGCUGAUAGCGGUGGUGAAAAACGAGCUUUACGCGGCGGAUCAUGCGGAGAUGGAGGUGAGGAGGUACGAUAAGGAGAGAAGGGUGUGGGUGGGAGUGGGGAGGCUGCCGGAGAGGGCGGACUCGAUGUACGGAUGGGGAAUGGCAUUUAGGGCUUGUGGGGAUAGGUUAAUUGUGGUGGGGGGCCCAAGGAAUGCUGGGGAUGGGUUCAUUGAGGUUAAUUCGUGGGUCCCGGGGGAAGGGCCUCCGAGGUGGGAGCUGCUCGGGAGGAAGAGGUCGGGAAGUUUUGUUUAUAACUGCGCGGUCAUGGGGUGCUGA